UGUACUCUGCUGAGAAGUGAGAAGGUUACACAGGAGAGAAGCUGUGCUGCCCAUCCCCAAUGAGGACGCUUCUUAAAGAACAUGAGGCUAAAGAGGCAUGUGAUUGGCUGCGGGCAGCUGGAUUUCCACAAUAUGCACAACUCUAUGAAGAUGGACUGUUUCCUACUGAUAUUUCCUCAGUUAAAAAAGACCAUGAUUUUCUGGAUCGAGAUUCACUGAAAGCUCUGUGCAGGAGGCUGACAGCGCUGAACAACUGUGCCUCCAUGAGGUUGGAAGUUCACUUUCAGAGGAAAGAGAGUGAAGACUCAGAGGAAGAUGACUUUUGUGCCAUCAGUGACCGGUGGGAAUUUCAGCGGGAUAGUAAAAGAUGGUCCAGACUGGCCCUCUCCUCCCCACCUUCUCCUGGGGCAGAGGGUCUCCACACUCCUGGGCUGGCCUGGGCCAGCAGGGAGAGCCUUCUUAGUGACCUCAGCGACCUGGGGGCCACCUCCCUCCAUAGCAGCAGUCUGAGCAUGCAGAGUGCCCGGGAGACCACGCCAAGCCAAGGUAGUACCGCUACCGCCACCCCCACCACUGCCACCAGCCUCAUCUCCUCAGCUUCCAGCUCCACUGCCACCUCCUCCUCGCACAGUGACGCCGAGGCCCGCUCCUCCCCGGACCAGGCCCCCGUCCGAGAGAGGACCAAGAAGCGCUCUAAAAGCUUCCUGAGGAAAUUGGAUUCAUUCCGGCGCAAGGAAAAAGACAGAGAGAUGACUGAUGAAAAAGACACUCCUGCCCAAGGCGUAGAUGUCAAAGAGCGGUGUACCCCAUCCCCUGUUAGUCUGCACUGUACGACUAAUGACAGCCUUCCUGGCUUGAAGCAAAGUGGCAGUGGGAGGAACCACUCAGCUUUCAGCAGGAGGGCUCAGACUCUAGGCAGGACGACGGCCAGCUUAUCUGGCACGGGAUGGAGGGACAAAACAAAAAGCAGUUGGAUUUACUUAGAAGAUUACCAGAUGGAAAUGAAGGUUCCUAGCUGGGCUGAGCUAAGGAGUAGGUCAGGGAAUGCUCAGGAGGCUCGUGUGUUCCAUCUCCCAACAGAUCACAAGCCCGGCACGUUCCCCAGAUCUUUUUCCAUGGAGAGCUUGUGUCCCAAUGCCAACGAUGGUCUUGGGGGUUGGCGGAUGGGAGAUGCGUCCGUAGAUGUCUCCUUGUGCAGCAGUGGGGAUUUGCAAGAUUUCACAGGGCUGGAGCAGAGACGGAGCUCCUGCAGCUCCGUGGGGAGUGUUUAUGACAACGUUCCGGACCCAUGCCAGAGUUCCCAGGAUCCACUGAGCCCGGGAGGAGAGGAUAUCUCCAAGCACCUGGACGACAUUCUGCAGCAUGUCCACGGCCUCCAGCAAAACCUCGACCUGUGGUCCAGGAGGAUGUGCCUGGAUUUGGAAGAUGAUGAUAACGUCUCUGAGGAGACUGUGGAGACUGUUCGUCCCUUAAGCCUCCGCUUUGAGGAGCAGUCCAUGUCAGACGUGGGUACAACGGCCAGUGACUUCGACAGCACGGGGAACUCACUGAACGAGGCUGAGGAAAUGGAGAUAAGGGAACGACGAGAUUCCGGAGUAGGCGCCUCUUUAACCAGGCCAAACAGAAAGCUGAGGUGGCACAGUUUCCAGAACUCCCACAGGCCGAGCCUGACCUCGGCGACAUUGGAGAUCAAUCGACAGUCUGCUGCACAGCUGAACCUGCUCCAGAAGUUCUCCCUGCUCAGACUUACUGCUAUCAUGGAGAGAUAUUCUGUGCCUAACAAGCAAGGCUGGAGUUGGAUGAUGCCCAAAUUCAUGAAGAGAACCAAGACUCCAGAUUACAAGGACAAAAAUGUGUUUGGUGUUCCCCCCAUUGUGAAUGUGCAGAGGAAUGGACAGCCCCUGCCCCAGAGCAUCCAGCAAGCCAUGCGCUACCUCCGCAGAAGAUGCCUUGACCAGGUUGGUAUUUUCCGGAAAUCUGGCGUGAAGUCUCGGAUCCAGGCGCUGAGACGGCUGAAUGAGAGUUCCCCAGAUCAUGUCAGCUAUGAGGGCCAGUCACCGUACGAUGUGGCGGACAUGCUGAAGCAGUACUUCCGAGAUCUCCCAGAGCCUGUGUUCACUGCCAAGCUCACAGAAACCUUCCUGCAGAUAUACCAAUGGGUUCCAAAGGACCAGCGCCUGCAGGCUGCCCAGGCCGCGGUCAUCCUGCUGCCGGACGAGAGCCGGGAGGUCCUGCAGACCCUGCUCUACUUCCUCAGCGACAUUGCCUCCGCCCAGGACAACCAGAUGACGGCAGGAAACUUGGCCGUGUGCCUGGCCCCUUCCCUCUUUCACCUCAACAUCUCCAAGAAGGAGGGGAGCUCCCCCAGACUGAUCCAUGGAAGGAGUCCAAUGAGUAAACCAGAUCAAAAGGACCUAAAUGAGAACAUGGCUGCCACACAAGGACUUGGUCAUAUGAUUGUGGAGUGCAAGAAGCUGUUUCAGAUACCUCACGAUAUGAUGUUGCAGUCCCGGAACUCCUAUCUGGCAGCCGACACUCACCCGCUUCCUCUCCACGGCCUGGGCAUUAACCUGAAAGGCGAACCUGUGGAUUAUCGGGCCUACCUGGAGGACAGCAUCCAGUGCCUACUGCGAGAGACAACAGAGAAGAGCCGCGGGUGGCACAAUGCACCAGCGCCUGAGAACACAGAGCUAGCAUACAAAAAGGUAGGAGAAGGGCCUCCCGUUCGCCUUUGGAGGGCAUCUACCGAGAUCGAGGCUGCGCCCACCACGGUGCUUCGCAGAGUUCUGCGAGAGCGGCACCUGUGGGAUGACGACCUGCUGCACAGCAGAGUGAUCGAGGCCCUGGAGAGAAACACGGAGGUCUUUCACUAUGGGACUGACACCAUGGCACCCCACCCCCGCAGGGACUUUGUUGUUUUGAGGCGCUGGUGCACGGAUUUGCCGCGGGGUGUGUGCGUGCUGGUGUCUUCCUCCGUGGACCAUGACGCGGUUAACCUGGAGGCGGGCGUGCAGGCCCUGCUGCUCACGUCCCGAUGUCUGAUCGAGCCCUGCGGGCCGGGCCGGUCCCGACUGACCCACUACUGCAGGGCGGACCUCAGGGGUCGGUCUCCUGAGUGGUAUAACAAAGUGUUCGGCCAUCUCUGUGCUGUCGAGGUUGCGAGGAUACGGGAUUCUUUCCCCGUCUUUGCCCGGGGACCAGAAGCAAAGGUGUAGAGCAUCCUCGGUGCUAUUUACAUGCAUCCAUCUAGACCACCUAAUGUGCUCUUUGUUAAAUGUGCUGUGCUGUCCCUUCCAAGUGUGAAGGCCAUUUUAGCUCAAAAGGGAAAGCAAAGACUGUCACACUGGAGCAUGAUUGAUCUGAGAGUUGUGUUGAUCAACUUUACCUGUGUUGAUUCCUUAUGUUUAUGUUGAGAAGCAACAGCUGAAAUUGCAACAAAAACCAAAUAAAACAUUUUUUAAUGGUUGCUUUUGGAGUUGGCCAGACUAAGAAGUCUGUUGGCAUGUGGUUCAUUCAGCAAGGCGCACAUCUUGAGUGCAGGCUGAGCCCUGUGGUCUGGCUUUGAAACUGGCUGCCCAUGUCAUAUACUGACGAUGAGCAGCAGAACCAACUGGGGUCAGACGUGAUUUCUUCUCAUACUACUCUCAGACACCCUGCAAUUUGUGAGUUGCUUGGAUGAUAUCAGUGGAGCAGUGCCUCCAAUGUGUGCCCAGUUCACUGUUAUGCACUGUGGGACUUGUAGUGCAAAAUAGCCAUUGGCUAUGUGUUAGUAUGGAUGAGAGGAUUGCAUUUGUCUUGUUCUUGCUUCAGUGCUCCGGCAUGAAUGCAUAUGUUGCUGCAGUUAGAUAAGGCUGUGCAAUUGGUGAUUCCAAACAGGAUCGUAUAAAGGGGAAAAAAGCAUAAAAAGGAAAUCUGUUGGCAUUCACUGUGAGGGGUUUAAAACAACUGUGCAUAUUUAAAACCCAGAACACCCCCUAGAGAAACAGAAAAGGGUUUUGUCGUGUCUGAGGAUGUCUUAUCAGGCUUACUAAAGCAGAGAGAGAAAUAGAGCUGUCUGUUAGUCCAAGACACCAAACUGACGGAUCUGGAACGUUCCUAAAACGUGACAUUGUGUUGACUUAUAUAUUUAUAUAGCGUUGUUUCUAUCAGAGGGUGACAGUUCUGCGCUGCUGUGCAAAUGUACACAAAAUCAAUUGUGAAAACCUAACAAAUGACAAAUGGAGUGUUUCUUUGUGAUAAGUCAGGAGCAAGUCUAAAGGGGUCACCAGUGGUCAUGCAAUUAUUCAGAAUAAACCCUGUGUUUAAAAGGGAACUUUAUGCUUUUAAUGUGUCUAACUAAAAUAGUGUUUGGAAAUGACAUUUAUUUCAUCAUGGGGGAAGGUUUCUGCCUAAGCCGGCUAAUGACGUCAGAGAGUGGCACUGGUAAUUAACUCUAGAUAUACACUGCAUUUAAAUCCUCAUUUAAAUGCAUUAUAGUUGUGACUUGAAAUGGUGAAAUAAGUAAAAUAAACACUCAUACAAUUAUCAGGGUUUAAAUUGUUGCAUUACAACUCACUUGUGAUUGAAGACAUUGUAUUGAUAAAAAAUGAAAACUAUCACAGGUGACAUCCUCUUUAAAUGAACAACGUUGUUGUCUUCUGAGCUACCUGCGGAUAUUUCUUAUUAAACUGCACUGCACACAAAAUGAUGAUGAUAAUAUAUUUUUAUUAAUGUAAAUAAGAUUUGUCAUAUUUAAUAAAGGCACCUUGUUGUUUACUUCAGUAGGCCCUGCA